GCACCAGACCGCCUGCUCGUCCGCUUUGAUCCGACUCGACACAAGUUGCGCCUCGCUUUCUCUUUUGCUGUUGCGCGCCCCGUUCUAUGCACCGCAUCAUUCGAUCCCUGCUGUAUGCGCUCCAACUCCACCGGCAGGUGGCGAAGUCGGCGGCUGGCAGUCAGAUUGCCGUCUGCUAAUCGCUCUUCCAGACCUUCCUCGCCCCCCGCACUCCCACCAAGACCGCUCCGGCCCUGACAUCGUUCACUAGGCGGCCGUUGACAAGCUUAUCCGCCGCAUCUCCCCACUGACCGCAACCGCCGCAUUAUUCUUUGUCCUUGGACGUUGACCCCGCCUCGACAGCGCCAUGGCUGGGACGUCGAGGAACGACUUCCAGAGUGCGGGCCAGUUCUACCUGGACCCCAAUCAACAAGAUCUGCUUCUGGCUGCACUUGCUUCAAAUACCCAGAACCACAACGACAUCUUCGCGACUGGCUUGGACGCAAAGCAGACUAUGAACAGCCUACCCAACGGCCAGCAGUUCAACUUCCCCGUCGACAAUAUCGACCAGAGCUUCUUCACCUCCCCCCAGCAGAGCACGCCGGCAUCUGCCUUCAACAACAUUGGCAGCAUCGAAGAGAGCCCCUUCGGCGACUACCUUGACGGCGAUACCAACUUUGACUUCGACAAUGCCGACAACAGUGAUCUCAUGAUUGGCGCGCUUCCCGGCGAUAGCCCCACCAGGGAAGGAGAGGCUUCAGAGAAGCGCAAGAGCCCCGGCGACGACGGUGAAGACGCAGAGGGUGGCGGCAAGAGGAGAGAAGGAGAAGCCAAAGAGGCAAAGAAGCCUGGUAGAAAGCCACUGACAUCAGAGCCGACUACAAAGCGCAAGGCACAAAACCGAGCAGCACAGCGGGCUUUCCGAGAGCGAAAGGAGAAGCACCUGAAGGACCUCGAGACCAAGGUCGCCGAGCUCGAGAAAGCGUCUGAUUCCGCGAACCAUGAGAACGGCCUUCUCCGCGCUCAGGUCCAGCGUUUGCAGAUGGAGCUACGCGAAUACAGGAAGCGCUUGUCGCUUAAUAGCAGCGGCGUCAGCAAUCGCUCCCCACCUAUCAUGGGUGGAUUCAGCUCGAUGCUGAACAACGGUGGUUCCACGAACGGCAGUUUCCAAUUCGAAUUUCCUCGCUUUGGCGGACUUCCUGGAGCGCAUAUACUGGAUAACGGACCUCUUUCCAAGAAUAAGACCUCUUCAGUCUCCUCGGUUGCUGGAGGUCGUCAAGACGGCACAGUACGCAGUGUCAGCCCAAAGACAUCAAAUGGGGAUGCGGCCACGCCCGACAACAAUGGUGCCAGCCCCACAACAACCACAAACUCUCGCACUGGAAGCCUCAACGGCAUGUUUGGCUUGAACAACGGCUCAAAUGCUACUGAUGUCUCUAACCCGUCCACUCGCGUGUUCCAGUUCAACAGCAAUUCGUCUACACAUUCAGACUCACCUUCAGCCUCAUCAACCUCGGCCAUUGGGCAGAAUUCGUCUUGCGACACGUCGCCUGAGCCGAGCCACAACUCGCCCAAGAACUUGGAUACGAUCGCUGAUGGAUAUGUGUGUCAUGGAAAUUCGGAAGGUGAGGUUACCUUCUGCGAGAAGCUCAAUAUGGCCUGUGGCAAUCCUCGCAAUCCUAUCCCCCGCGCCAAAUCACAAUCUGACGCGAGACCCCCUGCAGGUGCGACACAGAGCCCUGCCACCGCUCCCAACGCCGUCGGCUUCGAUUUCUUCGCCAAUCAGAACGGCGGCAACUUCGACCCAACGCUCUUUGGAGACUACCGAGAAUCCCAAAGUGCCAUCGUUGGCGACGGGGACUUCACCAAUGGCUUCUUCAACGACGCAUUCCCGCUUGCCGACUACGGCAACAGCCCGUUCCACUUUGGAGAUACUCCCGCCGUGCAGAAGUCGAAUCCGCUUGAGGAGAUUGAGCGCAUACAAGAUGGUGAUGACGAGGUUGUGCCUGGUGACGACCCGGCACAGCUGCUCAACUGCCACAAGAUCUGGGACAAAUUGUCAAGUCGUUCCGAUUUCAAAGACGGUACCAUCGACAUCGACAAUCUCUGCUCAGAGCUCCGCGCCAAGGCGCGCUGUUCAGAAAGUGGCGUUGUCGUGGAUCAUAAGGACGUCGAAGCCGCACUCAAGCGGCUACCGAAAGAGCAGCGGGCGUAGUAACGAACCGAGACCUGACUGUAUGAAAUGCAUAGAUAGCGGGCACGGCGUACCGGACGGAGACCCCUCUGCUUGGCGCGCACUUUCCCUUCUCUCGCAGCGUCGAGCGCACAUCGCGUUCCGCCUCCCAUCACUCGCUCGCCUCUGGCAGUUUACCGACAGUAUGAUGCGGCUUGAUCUCGUUUGAUAUGUGCGAAUUUACGGAGUUUAGGGGAGGGGAAUGGAGAAAUGGAUACCUACCAAGGUGAAUCAACCAAGUCGCCACACUCUCAAAUAGGUGGGGGCGAACAAUGGACACGAAUGAGUGAAUGUCUUUUAAUUCGAUAGCUGCCUUCAAUGUCAUGUUGCAUGUUGUUUGGUAC